AGAAGAAGCUGAAAACCAUCAACAGGAAGUACUUUGUUUACCAUCCUCUAUCAAGUUUUCAAACCAAAUAAAUUCAUCAGGCUUUUGCAGGAUGUUUCUAAUGUAAGAUUAGUCUACAUGAGACGUUCAUUUGUCACAACUUAAAUCGAGUUUUGAUAUUUAAGAAGGUGUGGUCUAGCUUUUCUUUAUCUGAACGCUGUGACAAAGUAACUAAUAACUUUAGCGUACACAUUUACUGGCAGGUUUUUUUAUUUCAGGAAAAGUUGAAGAAAGAAUUCAGUAGCUUCUACGAUGGAUCGGACUUUGCACCACAGAGCCAGUCUGAAUAAAGUGCCAGAGGUAUGAGGACUGAGGACAGAGCUAGUCUGUCCCCCUCCACCCUGCCGGAGUCCACUGGUCACAACUCUCCUGGUAGCGCCUUACUGCUGGAUCUGAAGAGGGUGUCUGUGUGGCUGGUCGACUGCAGGAAAACACCAGGGCAGAGUGGAACUGUGAGAGAAGGACACGAGGAGGGAGAUGGAGAUUUGAUUUCAUCAAGGGACAUACACUGUUGUUCUAUCAGUGGGAGGGACUUAUCAUCUGGGGAGCCUCAACAACAUCCUGUUGCUGACGAGACAGAGAAGAGUCUCUCCAGAUCAGAGCUUCUCAAUAAACACCAGCAGAGACAUACAGGGAAUAAACCUCACCACUGCUGCUCUGACUGUGGGAAGAGUUUCACAAGCCAGAGUGGCUUCAUUAUUCACUGUGAUCAGUGUGGGAAGAGUUUUGCUGCAUCAAACACCUUCAAAUCUAAUGUAAGAAUUCAUACAGGGGAGAAGCCUUACCUCUGUCUUGAUUGUGGGAAAAGCUUUGUUAGUGCAGGAGCCUUAACCGUACACCAGCGUGUACACACAGGAGAGAAGCCUUAUAGCUGUGAUCAGUGUGGGAAGAGCUUCAAUCAGUCAGUCAACCUGACUACACACCAGCGAACACACACUGGAGAGAAACCUUAUAGCUGUGAUCAGUGUGGAAAGAGCUUCAAUCAGUCAGGCCACCUGACUACACACCAGCGAACACACACUGGAGAGAAGCCUUAUUGCUGUGUUCAGUGUGGGAAGAGCUUUGCUGUAGCAGAAAAACUAACUAAACAUCAGCGCAUACACACAGGAGAGAAGCCUUAUAGCUGUGAUCAGUGUGGGAAGAGCUUUGCUGUCGUUUCCUCCCUGUCUACACACCAGCAAACACACACUGGAGAGAAGCCUUAUAGCUGUGAUCAGUGUGGGAAGAGCUUUGCUCUAUGUUCCACCCUGACUGUACACCAGCGAACACAUACUGGAGAGAAGCCUUAUACAUGUGAUCAUUGUGGAAAGAGCUUUGCUCAAUCUGGGAGCCUGACUGCACACAAGCAAACACACACUGGAGAGAAGCCUUAUAGCUGUGAUCAGUGUGGGAAGAGCUUUGCUCUAUCUUCCACCCUGACUAAACACCAGCGAACACACACUGGAGAGAAGCCUUAUACAUGUGAUCAUUGUGGAAAGAGCUUUGCUCAAUCUGGGAGCCUGACUGCACAUCAGCGAACACACAGGAGAGAAAACGCUGAAGAAAGAACGGCUUCAACGAUGGAUCGGGACAGAGCUAGUCCGUCCCCCUCCACCCUGCCAGAGUCCCCUGGUCACAACUCUCCUGGUAGCGCCUUACUGCUGGGUCUGAAGAGGGUGUCUGUGCGGCUGGUCGACUGCAGGAAAACAGCAGGGCAGAGUGGAACUGUGAGAGAAGGACACGAGGAGGGAGAUUUGAUUUCAUCAAGGGACACCCCGAACCAUCGUUCUCUUAGUGGGAGGGGCUUAUCGUCUGGGGAGCCUCAACAACAUGUUGCUGAGGAGACAGAGAAGAGUCUCUCCGGAUUAGAACAUCUCCAGAAACACCAGCAGAGACGUACAGGGAAGAAACCUCACCACUACUGCUCUGACUGUGGGAAGAGUUUCACAAGCCAGAGUGGCUUCAUUAUUCACUGUGAUCAGUGUGGGAAGAGUUUUGCUGCAUCUAACACCUUCAAAUCUAAUGUAAGAAUUCAUACUGGGGAGAAGCCUUACCCCUGUCUUGAUUGUGGGAAAAGCUUUGUUAGUGCAGGAGCCUUAACUGUACACCAGAGUGUACACACAGGAGAGAAGCUUUAUUGCUGUGAUCAGUGUGGCAAGAGCUUUGCUGUAGCUUCCACCCUGAUUACACACCAGCGUGUACACACAGGAGAGAAGCCUUAUAGCUGUGAUCAGUGUGGAAAGAGCUUCAAACAUUCAGGCAACCUCACUACACACCAGCGAACACACACAGGAGAGAAGCCUUAUAGUUGUGAUCAGUGUGGGAAGAGCUUUGCUGUACUUUUCUCCCUGACUAAACACAAGCGAAUACACACUGGAGAGAAGCCUUAUAGCUGUGAUCAGUGUGGGAAGAGCUUCAGACAUUCAGGCAACCUCACUACGCACCAGCGUGUACACACAGGAGAGAAGCCUUAUAGCUGCCAUCAGUGUGGGAAGAGCUUUGCUGUAGCUUCCACCCUGAUUACACACCAGCGUGUACACACAGGAGAGAAACCUUAUAGCUGUGAUCAGUGUGGGAAGAGCUUUGCUGUACUUUCCUCCCUGACUGCACAUCAGCAAACUCACACUGGAGAAAAGCCUUACAGCUGUGGUCAGUGUGGGAAGAGCUUCAAACAUUCAGGCACCCUCACUACACACCAGCGAACACACACAGGAGAGAAGCCUUAUAGCUGUGAUCAGUGUGGGAAGAGCUUUGCUGUACUUUCCUCCCUGACUGCACAUCAGCAAACUCACACUGGAGAAAAGCCUUACAGCUGUGGUCAGUGUGGGAAGAGCUUCAAACAUUCAGGCAACCUCACUACACACCAGCGAACACACACAGGAGAGAAGCCUUAUAGUUGUGAUCAGUGUGGGAAGAGCUUUGCUGUAUCAUAUAGACUAACUAGACACCAGCGAAUACACACAGGAGAGAAGCCUUAUAACUGUGGUCAGUGUGGAAAGAGCUUUGCUGGAGUUUACUCCCUGACUGCACAUCAGCAAACUCACACUGGAGAAAAGCCUUACAGCUGUGGUCAGUGUGGGAAGAGCUUUGUUAUAGUUUCCUCCCUGACUACACACCAGCGAACUCACACUGGAGAAAAGCCUUACAGCUGUGGUCAGUGUGGGAAGAGCUUUGCUGUAGCUUCCUCCCUGAUUACACACCAGCGACGACACACUGGAGUGAAGCCUUAUAGCUGUGGUCAGUGUGGGAAGAGCUUUGUUCAAUCAGACAAACUAACUAGACACCAGCGGAUACACACAGGAGAGAAGCCUUAUAGCUGUGAUCAUUGUGGAAAGAGCUUUGCUCAAUCAGACAAACUAACAAGACACCAGCGGAUACACACAGGAGAGAAGCCUUAUAGCUGUGAUCAUUGUGGAAAGAGCUUUGCUCAAUCAGAUCAACUGUAUUCACACCAGCGAACACACACUGGAGAGAAGCCUUAUAGCUGUUAUCAGUGUGGGAAGAGCUUUGCUCUAGCUUCCACCCUGACUGCACACCACAGAAUACACACUGGAGAGAAGCCGUAUAGCUGUUAUCAGUGUGGGAAGAGCUUUGCUCUAGCUUCCCACCUGACUAGACACCACAGAACACACACAGGAGAGAAGCCUUAUAGCUGUGAUCAGUGUGGAAAGAGCUUUGCUGUAUUUUCCUCCCUGUAUACACACCAACGAACACACACUGGAGAGAAGCCUUAUAGCUGUGAUCAGUGUGGAAAGAGCUUUGCUGUAUUUUCCUCCCUGUAUACACACCAGCGAACACACACUGGAGAGAAGCCUUAUAGCUGUGAUCAGUGUGGGAAGAGCUUUGCUCUAUUUUCCUCCCUGACGAGACACCAGCGAACACACACUGGAGAGAAACCUAAUUCGCUGUGAUCAUUGUUUCAAAGAGCUUUACUCAGUCAAGGGACCCUGAAUUCACCCAAGCAAACACACACUGGAGAGAAAGAAGCCUUAUAUCUGUGAUCAGUGUGGGAAGUGUUUCAGUCAGUUAUGGACCCUUUAUUCACACCAGUGAAGCUCUGUUUAUUUUGGGCCAAUGAGAAAGAAACAGAAAGCACAAACUUGCUGUAAUUAGAUAACCUGAAUUCACACCAGCGAAUACACACUGGAGAGAAGCCUUAUAGCUGUGUUUCAUCUCCCUCCCUUCUGGCACCAUUUCCAGAUCCCUAAAUAAAGGAUAAAAUCAAAUGUAUUUCUAUAGCCCUUCUUCCAUCAGCUGAUAUCUCAAAGUGCUGUACAGAAUCCCAGCUUAAAACCCCAAACAGCAAAGCAAUGCAGGAUCAGUAGAAAACAUCUCGUAAACAGUCAUAUCCAUCUCCCAUUCUUAAACAGUUGCCUCAGUCUGAUCACCAUGGUAACCUCUGUGCAGCAUAAUAUGCAGCUCUGAUCUAGAAUCAGGUCUCCCCUGUGUCUUUGUAAUAUCACACAUUGAUCUAAAUGGAUAAAUGUUAUCAUAGGAAAUGUUAUAGGAACUUUUGUGUGUGUGUGUGUGUGUGUGUGUAUGGGGGGGGGGUUAAUUUUGUAUCUUCUUUCAUAUACUCAUGAUACUACUAUUAUUAAAUGUCAUUAUGUAGAAUAAUAUUUCAACAAUAAGUGUAUAUUCAUGUAUUCAAUUAAUCAAUACAUUCAAUCCAUUAUCUUCUAAACAAGAAGUUAUCACUUAAAUUGUGUAUUUUAUAAUUCUUUAUUGAUUAAAAUGAUCCUAAAUCUAAUCCAUAAUAUAUUGGAUAAUUAUUUCCAUGAGUUCAAGGCAAGAUCUAUGUAUACUGUGUUUUGUAACAACGGUUAAUGUAAUAACUUUUAGAUGUAUAAUGUAAUAAAACUGGUAAAUGUAA